CUAGUAAAUGGUGUAACUGUUGUGAUAAAGUUUUCUACACAUUACCACCAUCAUGUAACCAAGGAAUGGAUCCAAGCCCAAAACGGCUUUCUCUAUCAGUUUCACUCCGGUUAUCAGAGUUGGCUAGCAGCCAGAGAGUUCUGUUUAUCACAGAAUUCUGACCUAGUUACUCUGCGAGACAAAGAACAAAUUAAUUGGUUGCUCAGCCACUACGCUCCGACCUAUCCUCGGUUUUCUGAGCGCUUUGUUCAGAUUGGUCUCUUCCUUCCUGAUGGAGCAAAUCACAAUUGGACUUAUGUCAACGGUUCGAAUCCAUGGAUAUCCGGCGAGCCGUUCGACCACUCUGUUGAUGGCAAAGAGCGAUGUGGCCUUCUACGAGUGCACUCACGUCUUCUGGAUGACGUUGACUGUGAACUCGCUUCUCGUUCACGCGUGAGAUUCAUCUGUGAGCGAGACAGCGAGAUACACAAACAGCAACAACGAUCGGGCAACUACCUUUGGAGAAAGGUGGAGCAACUAAUGAAAUACUUUCGUGUCUGGACUGCAACUGAUGUUGGAAAAGAAUCAACGAAGAAUACGUCACAGGAAGGCUACGGUGAUGAGGAUUCUGCAAAGCACUACCAUGAAAUCGAACCUGAAAAGCUGGAGAAAAUUAUCAACACAAUGGAGAAAAUGCUCGAGAAACUGGAAAAUAUGUCAUUUGUUGAAAAGAAAACUGAAGAAAAGGCCAAGUCAGUGCUCCUAGAAAGCACUACGACAGAAAGCGCUAAUCAAAACAAGGAUGAGGAAAAGCCGAAACAAGAACGAGGGGAAAAGGUGCUAAACUUUAUAUUAAUAUACUUCGAAGCUUUUCUUUUUCAGCCCACUGCUGACAUCAGGCCGGAGAACGAUGAAGACUGCGAUGAUGAGGCAAGUGAUGACAAAAUUCCCGUCGAGAGGGAGGAACAUGUACAAGAAUUUUUACACACACUUCGAACGUUCCUUAACCGAGCCGAACACAGUGAUCUGAGAAAAUUACUCGACGACAAUCCUGGAAAAACCCUACUGGAAAAGAUGAAGCUUGCUAUCGCAGAGGCUAAUGAGCGCGAGUUUAAUCGGCUCAAGGAGUUGGAGGUGAUGAAACAAAAUGGAAUCGACGUAUCAAAUGUUCGUCGUUAG